AUGCCAUUACUAUCCACAGUUCAUCUCAACAUCGCAGCAUUAUGUAGAGAGGGCCAGUUCAAGCAGGCGCUGCACAUUCUGCGUAUUACACACAAUGCCCCUGAAAACUACUCUACAUUUCUUCAAUUACUACAGAUCUGUAUGCUCAAAAACACUCUUUCACAAGUGAAAAAACUCCUCUCUUUCAUCUCUCAAAGGCGAUUUUCCUUUGCUACACGCACAACUUUUCAUAAUAAGCUUAUUUACUUUUAUGUCAAAUGCGGAAGUUUGGUAGAUGCCCGAGAAGUGUUUGACCGCAUGAAAGAACGAGACGGCGUCUCAUGGAAUACGAUUAUUACAGCGUACAGAAGACAUGGGUAUCCUCACGAGGCAAUCACACUCUUUCACCAUAUGCAACAAACAGGUCUCCAACCCGAUAAGUUCACAUUUGCCAGCGUACUCCCUGCAUGUGCCGAAAUUGGAGCACUGAAGCAAGGCAUGGACAUCCAUCAUGCCAUAAAGGAUAGAGGAUUCUUGUCAGAUGUUGUAGUUUCAAGAUACGUACAAAAUGGAUUUGAUGAUAAGGCUUUAGAAGUAUUCAAGCAAAUGCAAUUGGCAGGUGUGAAGCCAAAUUCUGCAACCAUCGCCAGCAUUCUCCCUGCCUGUGCCAGAAUGGGAGCUUUGGAACAGGGAGCAAAGCCGAAUUCCACAACUUUUGCCAGCAUCCUUCGUGCCUGUGCCCAAGCAGGGGCUUUGGAACAGGGUAUGGCUAUCCAUCAAAGCAUAAAGGAUUCGAAACUAUCGUCAGAUGUCCUGGUUACAACUGCCCUUCUAGACAUGUAUGCAAAAUGUGGAGGCAUCGACAAGGCACACAUGUAUGCAAAAUGUGGAACUAUAGACAAGGCACAUGAGUUGUUUAACGGAAUGCCUGAAAGAGAUGUCAUUUCAUGGAAUGCAAUGAUUAGAGGAUAUGCGCAAAAUGGAUUUAAUGAGAAGGCUUUAAAAACUUUCAAGCAAAUGCAAUUGGCGAAUGCAAAGCCAGACUCGACAACUUUUGCCAGCAUCCUCCCUGCCUGUGCCAAGAUGGGAACUGUGGAACAUGGAUAUGCACAAAAUGGAUAUUGCAAGGAUGCUCUCAAAAUCUUUGAACUAAUGAAGCACUCUGGAACAUAUCCUGACAGUGUAAGCUUUGUUUGCGUUCUAUUUGCAUGCAGCCAUGGAGGCUUCGUGGACAAGGGCUGUACAUACUUCAAUAACAUGAGCAAGCCUUAUCACAUUAAACCUUCAGUUGAUCAUCAUGUCUGCAUGGUUGACCUUCUUGCCCGUGCUGGCUACCUAGAGGACACCCUAAACUUUAUCAUUAAGAUGCCAUUUAAACCUGUGUUGGUUGUGUGGAUGAGUUUACUUGGUGCCUGUAGGUCACAUGUUAAUAUAGGCUUAGGAGUAUUUACAGCGAGACUGCUUUUUGAUUUGGAUCCUAAGAAUGCUGCGAUUUAUGUUCUCCUCUCAAACAUCUAUGCAGAAAUGGAGAGGUGGGGUGAGGUUCAAAUUGUAAGGAGAUUAAUGAAAGAUAGAGGGAUCAAAAAGAUCCCUGGAUGUAGUUGGAUUGAAGGCCAUAAAAUGGUACAUUUCUUUUGUGUAGGAGACAGAUCACAUCCACAGAAUAUAGAUCCAUACAAGGUUGGAGAAAUUUGCUAG